UUCAUGAGUACGUCGCGUUGAUUGAAUAAUUAAUUUGUAAAGAUUUUAUGCGUGUAAAUGUCCUGCGACAGACUGUUUAUCAAGGAGUAAAUAGCAUUUCUAACUGAUAUUCUCGGAUGCAGGCAGGACAUGCCAGAGCGAAAAUGUGGAUCUAAGUUUUAAGCUGAACUACUCCAACAAAGCCAGGAACAAUAACAAUCAGACUGGUAACGGUACUGUUCCAAACACAAUGACGUCAUCAACGGCACCGUUGGAGCCGUCUAAUUUAUACAACGAAUACUUCACAGCCGCUGAACAUGCUACUGAGCGUGUGGCGACACUCGUCAACGACAAUUUUGACUGCAACCACUUGUUUUGUCAAAUGGACAUGCUACGAACGUACAAAAAUGAACUGGUGUGGAAAGAAAUGGCAAGGUGGAUACGUUACGAGGAGGCUGUGGAGGAAGGGGGACAGAGAUGGUCCAAGCCGCACGUGGCUUCACUGAUGAUGGAAGCUUUACAAGAUCUACAGAACAUACUGUCAACAUGUCCUGUAAUACUGGACAGCAGUGCUAGAACCAUGGCGGACUUAGCAGAGGAGAUAACUAAUGCAUGGACAAAAGAUAGGGCGAUUAUGUCUAUCCUAAAAGAUAAAUUGAUUUCUGUGUUGCUGAAGCAACACAAGUUUCAACAUUUCAAGAGAAGUGAUAUGAAGAAAAAAGUUCCAUCAUCUGCCAACUUGCAGAAAAUUCAACAGCAUGAAGCAUAUAUAAAUAAGGCGUAUGAGAAGAACACAGACACGCUGCAGGUGCCCAACAAUCUACCAAUACCCAAAACAGACCCGUGCCCAGAUUCCCCAUCACUGGCUAUGGGAGAGUCGAACAAAAGUUUCAUGAAGAAAAUUCCUCCAGGAUCUGAAGUAGUUAACCUGCUGGUUGGUGAAAUUCCCGAACUGGAUGAGAUUAUUGCAGGGUUCAUCAGACUAAAGGAGGCAUGCAACAUUGGUGACAUCACAGAAGUCGAUUUGAAUACCAAGUUUGUGUUUAUUGUACUGGGGCCAAAGUUACAUCUGGGACACUGUGCAGAAAUGUGCCGUUGUAUGGCCACUCUGUUCACCGACGAGAUAUUUCGAUGUGUCGCCUAUAGAGCAGAAGACAGGGUCGACAUUUUGUGUGGAGUUCAAGAGUUCUCGCUCCAUCUCACAGUAUUACCACCAGGUGUUUGGAAUCCUUCAACACGAAUCGAACCCCCGGAUGAACUACCUUCACAGGACUAUAGAAAAAGUCCUGGGCCGCUAUCAAGCAGUAAGAGUGCGGUAUCUCUGGUAGAAAUGGACAAGAAAUCAGAAGAAAGCGAACAAAAUGAAGAGAGUCAUUCGGAUCCUACUUUAGUCCGAACCGGAAGAUUAUUUGGUGGACUGUUGAAUGAUAUCCGACGAAAGGUACCAUUUUACUUGAGUGAUUUCAAAGAUGCCCUCCACAUACAGUGUGUUGCGUCGUUUUUCUUCCUCUUCCUGGCAACCUUGACCCCAAACGUGACCUUUGGCGGUUUACUUGGACAAGCCACGGAUCAAUAUAUGGGUACCAUGGAGUGUAUCCUGGCAGCUGCUAUUUCCGGUGUGUUGUUUGCCCUGUUCGCCGGACAGCCACUGAACAUAUUGGGAAGUACAGGCCCGAUGUUGGUCCUCGAAAGCAUUUUAUACCGCUUCUGCACAGAUCAGGAGUGGGAUUUUCUACCAUUCCGUGUUUGGGUUGGAUUCUGGACUGGUUUCUUUAUACUACUGAUAGUCGCCUUUGACCUUAGUGCUCUUGUUCGAUACAUAACUCGGUUUACAGAAGAAAGCUUCGCAUGCCUGAUUGCUCUCAUCUUUAUAGUCUCCGCUUUUAAGAAAACAUUUGGAAUAGAACACGAAGCUCCGGUUCACUUUAAUCCCCCACAAACUGAACAAGGUUGUUUUUGUAUGUUAGGCAAUUCAACAGGAAACUUUUCGGAUGAAACUAUCACAUCAUCAACGUCGUCUUCAGUUUUCAACAUCACGGCGACAAACCUUACUACUACGAUACCUACUUUGACAUCAACAGUUUCAAAUAUAUCAUCAACAGUUUCAAAUAUAUCAUCCGUAGUUUCAAAUAUGUCAACAACCAUUGCUCCAAAUGUAACCAGUAUUAUGACUACAACGGAGGUCUUUAAACCAGCCUCGGCUUUAGAAGGGGAGUGUUUGAAUCUUGGCGGCCGUAUGCAAGGGCACUGUGAUGACAAAUAUGUACCGGAUGUGUUCUUCUUCUCCAUCAUCCUGUUCUUUGCAACCUUUAGCCUGGCAACAGCUCUUUUUCACUUCAGAGACAGUUUAUUCUUUCCGACUUUUGUUCGACAGAACGUCAGUGAUUUUGCUGUGUUGAUUUCCAUCAUUAUCAUGGUGUGUGUUGAUGCGUCAUUAGGUCUUCCUACACCUAAACUGAUGGUACCAGAAGAAUUUAAGCCUACCAAGCCAGGUCGCCCGUGGUUUAUUAACCCAAUUAGUGACAAGAACCCCUGGUGGUUGAUGCUGCUGAGUGCAGUUCCGGCAGUUUUGGCAACCAUCCUUAUAUUUAUGGACCAACAAAUUACGGCUGUUAUUGUAAAUAGAAGAGAAAACAAACUGAAGAAAGGUUCUGGGUAUCACCUGGAUAUGCUGGUUGUUGGUGUAUUGGUGGUUAUUCACGGCCUACUGGGGUUACCUUGGUAUGUUGCCGCAACGGUCACUGCGCUUGCGCACAUAAUGAGCUUGAGGAAGAUAUCCGAAUGCACGGCUCCUGGUGAAAAACCAACUUUCCUCGGUGUAAGAGAACAGCGGGUUACGGCGUUUUUGGUUGGUGUGUUUAGUGGAUUGGCGGUGCUAAUUACGUCUGUUCUUCGAUACAUUCCAAUGCCAGUUCUAUAUGGUGUGUUCCUGUAUAUGGGUGUGGCCCCUCUUUCUGGUAUGCAGCUAUGUCAGAGAGUCCUUCUUGUGUUCAUGCCGGCCAAGUACCAGCCAGAUUAUUCAUACAUCCGGAACGUGCCAAUCAAGCGCGUGCAUCUCUUCACGCUGUUCCAAGUCAUUUGUCUGGCUGGACUUUGGGUGAUUAAAAGUAUUGAAAGUAUCUCAAUCGCAUUCCCUCUCAUGGUGCUGAUUAUUUGCUUUGUACGUAAAGGAUUAGACAAGAUUUUCACACAGCGAGAACUGAAAUGGUUAGAUGACAUUUUACCAGCAACACAGGUGAAGAAGGGAGAGUCCGAGAUAGAAAAAACGGAAGAACCUGUUCUUAUAAAGGUUACUACGGAAGAAGGACAAUGGCCUGAACCACCGAGAGAUAAGGUGCCAGUUGUUCGCACUCUUUCCGCUCCUGAGAAAGAAUCGGUCGCUGAGAACGGAGACCUGCCGAGCCGAGAAGCUUUGAAGCCGAGGAUGAGUCUUACUUUCGUCUGUAAAACCGACAUAGACAGAAUAAAAGCAAUGACACCGGAAGUUGUUACUAACAGACGACAGUCUCUCGCCAUGGCUGUAGGCCGUAAACGUUCAAUACAGACAAGUGACGGAGGCGGUAUGGGAUAUAGCGCAGAUCGUCGUAAAUUUUCGUCACCACUUAUGAUUGCUCGGAAACUCUCGGUAGAAUCGUAUGCAAGUCCGUUCGGGAAUAUUCCUCCAACUAUCGAAGAGCAUAAUAAACUGAACAGAAUGCUGUCUUUACCUGCAACAAUCGCAGAUGAAAACGAAAACGAAAAUGAUUCUGAAUCCGAGACAGGUUCAGAACACGGAAAGUCAUAGAAGUGCUCAAUAUUUGAUAUUUUUAUAUAUAUAAUAUACAUAGUAUCUAUACUAGAUAUAUAAACGGGGUAUUUAAGGAAGAUGUUUCAAAGUGCGAAAUAAGGUAGAUUUUAAGAACUAAGAACUGUUAUGCAAGACAAAGUUUUUUGAGAAGAAAGUUUAAAAGUGAUUAAAGGUUUAGUAGAACAUCACCAAACCAGAGAAAGAAAGAUGUCUGUUUUAUAUGAAAAUUGAACAAAAAAUAAAACAUGUUUUAAUACGAAAUACGACUAACAAUGCUUUUAUUAUUAAGAAGAAGAAAGUGUUUUUCAUGAUUGCAUAGCAAUACAGACAUUAUGCGUGACAGUGUCUUGUGUUGCCAUGGCAACAGAUGUUAUUGCUACGGCAACAAGCCCGCCCGCUUAGCUCAGUAGGUAAGAGCGUUGGUCUACGGAUCGCCGGGUCGUGAGUUCGAUCCUCGGGCGGGGCGUAUGUUCUCCGUGACUAUUUGAUAAACGACAAUGUGUCUGAAAUCAUUAGUCCUCCACCUCUGAUUCAUGUGGGGAAGUUGGCAGUUACUUGCGGAGAACAGGUUUGUACUGGUACAGAAUCCAGGAACACUGGUUAGAUUAACUGCCUGCCGUUACAUGACUGAAAUACUGUUGAAAAACGGCGUUAAACUCAAAACAAACAAACAAACAAACAGAAGCUACGGCAUCAAAUGGUUAAAAAUAUGACAGAAAGCGGAUUCUUCGAUAAUUAAAUACUACAUGAGACUUUUCAUGGUAUUUGUAAAUGGGCAGAAGACGAUAUGAAGUACAUGUAUAUCAUUUCGUUUUCUUAGUUAGUCUUUGCGUCCGCCCAUUUGUCCCUUCUUGGAUAGUUCAAAGUUUUAGUACAAAAGUAUAAUCGUAGAACUGUAAAAAUUAUAUUUGAUGUAACUGCAAUAAUGUCUGAGCUAUAAAAUUAUAAAAAAAAACUGUUUUUCAUUGAAUUUAUCAUUGUUUCUCGUAGUACGCCGAAUACAGUAUAUUACAAAUGAAAUCUAAUGGAACCAACGUUUUUGAAAACGUGAGCAUAAUGUUUUGUAUGAAAUGGGCGUGAUUCAUCCAUAAAACGGAGAUUAUAAAUCGUAAAAUGAGCAUAUCUUUAACAACAGUCCAACUGUCCAAUUUCGGUUCUGCCGUUCUGUCCUGUACGCUUUUCCAUAUUUCUGAAUACUCAGAUACUCUCAAAAAGUUUAAAAUGAAAUGCCAUUUGCAAAGAUAUAGAAAUAUAUAAUUUAGAAAUUUGAUAAAAAUAAUGUUAAAUCAAAUCAUAUGUUUCAACACUGGGAUAUAAUUGCAAAUGCAUCAAAAGUGAGACAGUAACACUUUUUUGAAACUAGCGAGGUUUAAAGACCCACCAUGACCUAGUGACCUCCUUUUUCCUUUAUAAUACAGCUAUUCUGCAAGGUGACAAGUGGACAAUUUAGGCCCUCCCUGAAUUAAUGUGUUUCACAACUUCAUUUGCAAACUUAUUCAGUCUUUCUCUUUUCAGUAUAGUUUUAUUAACAUAGAAUAAUAAUUAUCUUACACUGUAAAAACAAAAUGUGGUCUUAACUCACGUAAAUACAUCAAGUACUGUGCAUACUAAUACAUUAAUUAAAUAAUGCAUUUAGACAUUAAACACAUUGUUUUAGCCGUCAAUUUGUAACUAGAUACUUGUUAUUUCUCAUUUUCUUCAUGCAAAGCAUGUAUAAUUACCACCGUGGAAAUAAAAAAAGAUAUAGUUAUUUUGUGACGCGUCUGUAAAGGCGUUGUAACUGUCCAGAAAUGAGUCUGGUCCAUUCAUGCUGUCCUUUUCCAGGAUACAAAAGAUUUGUCAGCGCAUUGACGGUGGCUUUAUAAAAUAACAUACGUGUUUUAUAUGUUGUUCAAUUUAAUAUAAAACAACGCUGGCUCUUUUGGUGAUUUGGUGAUGUUCACUUUUCUUGUAAUAAAUUAUCACACUUUACUUCGCUAUAUAUAUGAUGUUAUGUACGAUACGCUACAUAGAAUUGUUUGAAUAUUUUUUUAUAAGAAUCCUCCCAAUCUUGAACUAAAUGCACCUUUUGAUGAACUUUUGUCAAACACUUUAUAAAAGACAAUGAAAUAUAUAUUUCUUUGUUAUGGGCAAUUAAAUCUUAACAGAAAACAUGUAAAAAGUGAAAAGCGAAAAAUUGUCACAUUUUUCGACCAUCUGAUAGCAAACAGACCAAUUACAACAGUGAGAAGUGUCAUAAAAAUCAACAUUGCACGAGGUUUUCUAUGCAGAAAUUUCAGCAAAAUUUAGAUACAGGGUGCUUUGCAAAAUUAAUGUUUAAAUCAAGCUCUGUGCUGUAGAACGUGCAGAACCACGAGAGGGGUCUAUUGGGGAAAGUCAGGGAUUAUUCAAGUAAAGGUUUAGAUUCUAAGCAUUAUGGAAAAAGUUGUAUUUUAUAAAACUGUUGGACAAAAAACACUUUUGAUGAAGUUCUAAUUUAUACAUUAUUCUAUUAAACCUGAUAAUUAAGCCGCACCAUGAGAAAACCAACAUAGUGCUUUUGCGAGCAGCAUGGAUUUAGACCAACCUGCGAAUCUGUGCAGUCUGGUCAGGAUCCAUGUUGUUCGCUUUCAAAGCCUAUUGCAAUUAGGGAAACCGUUAGCGAAAAGCAUGAUCCUGACCAGACUGCGCGGAUGCGCAGGCUUGUCUGGAUCCCUGCUGGUCGCAAAGCCACUAUGUUGGUUUUCUCAUGAUGCGGCUCGUAUAUUCAGAGCAUUAGAUAAUGUUUUGUCAACUGAUUUUGUAGCUUAAAUUUUUAUAAUUUAACUGGAAAAAUAUUAAUUUUCCAAAUUUGUGAAUGAUUACACUCCAGAUCAUGGCAAGUUAAUUGUGUUAUAUUUUUGUAUGUACACAGGCACUAUUAUGCAAUGGCUAUACUUGAUUUAAUUUCUUUCUUUUUUUUCAAAAUUGUGUUGUGCAAAUCAGAAAAGUAUCAAGUUAGUUAUGUAUUCUCUUAAAGUUUCCUAUUAAUGAAAAUUAUUUGACCGCAUGUAAACCCGCAAAACUUGCUUGUAACCUAUUCAAACAUACUUCAUUAAUUGAACCAUGUGAAAAUACAACAAGAGUCAAAUCCACGAGACUGAAAUAAAAUGGUUGUCGAAUAAGCAACUGACCACCUAUGCCAGGUGGGUUGGGGGAGUGGGAUGGGGUGGCGUUUGGGAAUGUCGAAUAAGUAACUAGUCACCUUCGCUAAAAUAUAACUGCUCACAAGAUUGGCAUUUCUGCUCCCAUACCAGAUGACUGCUGUUCUGUAAAUGACGCCUCAGAAACUACAUUUGUGUAGUAGAUUCUUCUAUCGAUUAUACCUUGUUAUAUAAAACCGGAUGAAAAGACAGA